AUUGUUCCUUUCUUCUAUUUUCACGUUAACCGCGAUGCAAACAUUGAAAUCACGGGCCCGUGACUUUUAAUGUUUCUAUCUAGGCCGAGAUUCGACACAGGGCACCAGAUUCAGUGUAUUUAACGUAACACGAAGAAGCCAAAGACCCCGUCUUCUUACAGCGAGGGGAGCUUCGGUCGGUAUCAGAGAACAGGAACAGGGGAGAAGAGAGAGCUAGAGGAGCUGCUUCGGGGUUGAGGGAUCGGUAGAGAGAUCAGGUGGCGCGAGACUGCGCGGUCGAAGAUGCGCCGGAAAUGUGGAAGGAGAUCGGAGACAGAGAAGCUGGUAAACUCCCCCCUUAUUCCUUCGCCAAUCGUAUUAGAUCCAAUCGUCUCUCCUCCCUCCACCUGUCCAAUUACAAAGAGAUUAUUUCUCCUCACAGAGGCUCCAUUAAUUCCCUUCAGGUUGAUUUGACAGAUGGCCGAUAUUUGUUAUCUGGUGCAUCAGAUGCAUCGGCUGCUGUCUAUGAUGUUCAACGUGCCUCAGAUUUUGAUGGAGAUGGUUUGGUUGCAAAACACAAGUGCAUAUUUUCUGUUGAUAAGCGACACGAAUAUGGGCAUAAAUAUGCCAUAUCAUCAGCCAUAUGGUAUCCCAUUGACACAGGACUGUUUAUCACAGGUUCAUAUGAUCAUUAUGUCAAUGUUUGGGAUACCAACACCACACAGGUGGUAAUGAAUUUUAAAAUGCCAGGAAAGGUUUAUAGGACUGCUAUGUCUUCGCUUGCAACAUCUCACAUGCUAAUUGCUACUGGAACUGAAGAUGUUCAAGUUCGUUUAUGUGAUAUUUCUUCAGGGGCAUUUGCUCACACAUUAUCUGGUCAUCGGGAUGGUGUAAUGACUGUGGAAUGGUCAACUUCUAGCGAGUGGAUUUUGAUGACGGGUGGAUGUGAUGGUGCAAUCCGUUUUUGGGACAUCAGACGGGCUGGAUGUUUUCUUGUUUUAGAUCAAUCGCAUUCCCAGCUUGGGAGACGGCCACCCCUCCUUGAACGUUCUGCCAUGAAUAAGGUUUCAGCAUCGAAGUCCUCGUUGGCAGGUCAAAAUUCAUCUGUAAAACAGCAGGCACUGCAAAGGAAAAUAGCCAAUGGGAAUGGGUCAAAAUCAUCAUCUAAUUGUAGAAUUCCAAACAGAGCCAAAGGAUCUGUUAGGCGGAGAUUACAUCCCGGGAUGUUGUCUAGUCAGGAUCGAGCCACUGCACAUUAUGGUGCUGUUACUGGUCUAAGAGUAACAGAAGAUGGCAUGUAUCUUUUGAGCGCAGGUUCUGAUUCAAGAUUAAGGUUGUGGGAUAUUGAAUCUGGCUGCAACACACUAGUGAACUUUGAAACUGUUCGUCUGCAAGCCAGUAAGGCAAUACAGUUAGCCACGACUCAGGAUUCAGCCCUUGUGUUUGUUCCUUGCAUGACAUCUGUGAAAGCAUUUGAAAUGUGGUCAGGAAGGACAUCUAUGACAUUUCGUGGUCAUUAUGAGCAUGUGAAUUGUUGCUGGUACAGCUCACAAGAGCAGGAAUUAUACACGGGUGGCAAUGAUAGGCAGAUUCUUGUUUGGUCUCCGUUCAAAUUUGUAUCUGAUGAAGUGGACGAAAAGAGCAGAAAAGGGCAGUUUCCUUCGCUAGAUCAGGAUAACUGGAGUGAUUGACAUUGGCUGCUGCCUACAUGUUAAUUUGUAUGAUAAUCUCUUUAUGUUGUUUAUUCACGCUCUGUUAGCAUGUACAUAGUUUGUUCAUUUGUUGCUUUCCUUACGCUGGCUUUGUUUGGAUUUACAUUGUAUGCUAGUAUUGCUGUUCUAUUCUCAAAAGUAUUUGUUUUUCCUUUAGUUAAUUUUGUAUCUAAUUAGAAGAGUUAUGGACCUAAUUCUGAUACAUACUGUCAUCUGCAAGCAUAUGAUUGUUAUUAAUUGUUAUAACAGAAUCUUAAGCUUGCUUUGUCA